CCAACGUGGAAGGAUUGUUCGUCUGAAUAUUUUAUCUAACGGGGAAAAAAAGAGAGAUUUCUUUUUAUUUUUCUGGAGGGGUUUUGAAUCGCGGCGUCUGUAUUAUGUGGAAAAGACGCGACUCGAGCGCGUGAAUUCCGCAGGUCCAUUCACGGCGUGUCUACUAUCAGUAAUAGUGACUGUGCUCGCGUAAAAAAAAAAAAAAAAACACCGGCUACAAAUCUGCAGGAGACAAAAAAAGGGACAGGAGAGCUUCAGACAAACGGAACCUGUGGCCAGACUCCAGAGGAAGUAAAUUGAUUCGCCCUUUUUGAUGAGAUUUACAAAGCGCUGCUCAGUCUGUCUGUCAGAGAGAUCAACAGUUGGUGCGAGCGCGCGAUUGUGGGGACUUUGCAUGUAAAAGACUUCGAUUUGGCACGUCUCACUAUUAUGGGUGUGUGAUUUCAGCACCUCAGCCUUAUGGACACCCGACUGAAUUGUUUAGUAAUAUGGAAGAAAGACUGUUGCACAUCGUGAUGCACUGGAUGCAUUUGCGCGUUUAGUAGACUACCUAUAAACAAGAAUGAGCAGUCUUUUCGGUGCUUUUGCUGUUAUUCACGUAUUGCUUUUGGUGUAAAAGACUACAGACAGGGAUAACAGUCUCACACACCCAUCCUUUUUUUACGGGCGCUUUUGUUUUUAUUUUCUCUAUUGACCUUGCCUGGCGCGCAAAAGCAGCAUGUUAAUGAUGGAGAGCGGCGGCAUAGACGCGCAUCAGGUUGAUCUGGACGCGGACUAUGAGCCGCACUGCCGCCCGAGGUCAUGCACCUGGCCGCUGCCGUGUCCGGAGGAGGAGAACCGAGCGCUGCCGGUGGCGUCCGUGAAAGUGGAACCGCGUAACGUGCCGGCGUGCCGAAGCGGAGGGGCGCCGACGGAGUUCAAGCAUCCAGCCGGCGCCCCUGCCCCUAUCGCGGCCGCCCCGACGUGCAUGUCCGGCGCCGCGCUGGAUGUGGCCGGGCAGCUGCGCAAAUCCAAGUCGUCGCGACGGAACGCGUGGGGCAACCAGUCGUACGCGGAUCUGAUCACGCGUGCCAUUGAGAGCACCCCCGAAAAAAGGCUCACCUUAUCCCAAAUCUAUGACUGGAUGGUGCGAUUUGUGCCCUAUUUCAAGGAUAAAGGAGACAGCAAUAGCUCCGCCGGAUGGAAGAAGAAAUUCUUACUGGUUUUAAAGAAGAUGAGGAACUCCAUCAGACACAACCUCUCUCUUCACACCCGCUUCAUCCGUGUGCAGAAUGAGGGAACAGGAAAAAGUUCCUGGUGGAUGCUUAACCCAGAGGGUGGAAAGAUGGGCAAAGGUCCCCGCCGACGAGCUGUUUCCAUGGAUAAUGGAACCAAGUACCUGAAGAGCCGAGGCCGGGUCAGCCGGAAGAGAGCGGGAGCAGUGGGAAUGGCCCGAGAGCUUGGAGCACCUGGAAUACAGGGAUCACCAGAACAUGGAAGUCCAGCUGGAAAGGGAGCAAUGGGAGUGGGGGGCGAAGAGUUUGAUGCCUGGAUAGACCUGCACUCCAGAACCAGUUCUUCUACGUCAACGCUCAGUGGAUGUCUAUCACCCAUUCUGGCUGAAGCAGAACCUGAUGAACCAGAAGAAGGAGGGCUCUCCAGCUCAACCUCUCCUCGACUCUACCCUAGCCCCACCAGCACUAGAUCUCCAGCCCUGGGAACAGGGGGGCAUUGUCCAUCUGUCGAGCUCCCACAUCUUGCUGAUCUAACAGGAGCCAUCAGCUUGGAAGAGGGCUACUCCCAGCCUUUGCCACUUAAGCGCAAUGGCUACCAGUAUGGCCCUGGAACCAAGGCAGAGACCUCCUACUGUGGAACAGUAUAUGGCCAGCCAUCCAUGGGCAUGCUUAGGCAUCAUACACCUAUGCAGACUAUCCAGGAAAACAAGCCUUCUACCUUCCAGCGUGCCCUCAGGGCAUACUCAGAAAACAAUGCCCUCGAAAGUCUGCUAGCUGAGGGACCACAAUACUGUGGUAAGGACAUGGUUUUAGGGCAAGGAGGAGCAUCCCAUUCGCUUAUGUCACAAUCUAACAGUGCUGUGCACUCUCACAGCCAAAAUCACAGCCAAACUCACAAUCAUAACCACGAGCAAGGCAACAAUCACAAUCCCAAUCAAAGCCUUCACAAUGGCCAUGGAGUGAAUCAUGAGCAAAAUCCAAGCGAUCAUCUCAAUCCCAGUCAAGCUCAUAAUAAGCAUCAUCCAGGUCUCGACUACAGUCAUGGACAUAAACACCACCAUAGCCUUGACUACAUUCAGUCUCAUGACCACAAAAUUAAUGCGAGUCCCAAUCCCAACCACAUGCACAAUCAAAUGCAACAUAACAACUCCAGACAACCAGACCUUUCUCCCAGGGUCAACAAUUACAUUUUGCAUCCCUACAACCACAAAUCAUCCAACCUUUAUGGCCCUCGCACUCACCUUCCUUCAACUGCCCUGCCUCCUAACCCUGCCAUUGUCCUGGAUGUACCCCAGGACCCUUGUCGCCUGGCUUCAGCGCCACACCCUCGCCAUCAGUCCUACCCAUGUGCCCCCCUCCACCAGGGAAUGACAGAACCUUGGCAUGGGUACUACCACCACCCAUCACAGAAUCCUAAUUACCAUGGCAACCAUCAAGCUAACCAUCACCAGGAUCCUCACAACCGGUUGCAGUCUGACCUGGAAAUGGAUGUGCACCAGAGCAGUCUGGAUUGCGAUGUGGAAUCCAUUCUCCUGAAUGACUUCAUGGACUCAACAGAGGGAAUGGAUUUUAACUUUGACGGGACACUGUCACAGGGUGUUGGCUUUGGGAUGGGUUUGGGGAUGGGAAUGGGAAUGGGGACAUUUGCAGGUCCUCAACAAUCACACAACAGUCAGAGCUGGGUUCCUGGGUGAACUCUGCGGAGAUUGAGGGCCUACAUAUAGGCAAACCUUCAACCAUACAGCCUUCUGAAGGGCAGCAGGUCAAGUUGGGGACUGAAAUAAACAAUUUGACCAAGAUUCCCUUUUGCUGAUGUCAGAUUCUGGACUCAUGGUAAUUCCCUGCCCCACCCACUUAAAAUCCUCCCCCUCCUUCCUCUCAAUCUUUUUCCUUGCUAUGGAAUAAUGUUAUAGCACCCUAACAGUCCUUUCUGUGGUUCAUGUCCUUCAGUUUGUGCUCUAUUCAUCACCUCCAUCUCUUAUCUGGGCAAAAGCUCCAAAGCACUUUACAUCUGUCGCCAUCCAUUCUGAUGCUGUAACGAUCACCCUGUGACCUGGAAGGAAUCACAUUUUCCUCUGGCCUGGGUUUAAUGUAUGCAAACGACUUUGUUAUCCUUCCUGAACAAAAAUAAAUAAAUAAUUAAGCAUUGGUGUUGUUUUGCUAAACAUGAGUACAGGAUUGAACAGUUGCUAUAGCUGUCUGGGUGUCUGUGCCGUCAUUUGUGUAUUCAUCAUUUUGUGCGGGUUGUGCGAGCAUGUGAGUGUGGAGCUGCUUUACUUUGGUAAAUGAACACACCUCCUCCCAAGGAGGUGUACUGGAUGUCCCUUUAUUGUGGGCCAGGACAGACAUCCAUCAGAUACACUCUAUUGAUAUUCAGCAUAUCCUUUUUAAUCUCCAAAGUAAUGCGCCAGCUAUGCAUCACUGUUGCAAAUAGAAUGUGAUGCUCGGAGUGCACAGAGCUGUUUUUCCCCCGGACACACAAUGACUUAAUGUGUUUUGGCGAAAGUGAUGAUUAAAGUCACUCUGCAGUAAGUGGGGGGAGUCAGGGAGGGGGCACUUGAAGGAGGUAGGGAGGGCAGAGAUUGAGGGGGAAAAGGAGAAAUGCAAAUAUUCUCUCUAUGCCCCCUUCCUCUCCAUUCUGUGAAUUUAUAAAGCUUUCGAUAUAAUGAAAUAAGGAACGAUCCAACACUGCUGCAAAUCCUGUGCACGGCUCUUUCCCGGUUCACCUUAGACUAAUUACUCUGUGACAGCCUUUCUCCAUCAGCAACCAAUGCACUAGCUUGAUUUUGGCUACAUUAACAUCCUCCUUUAUAUUAAUUUUAAUAUUUUUACUAUCUUCCUUCCUAUGCAGUGUUACUUUAGUUAAUCAGUGCUGAUUGAUCACAUUUGAAGCCUCGUCAGUCCUCAUUAACUGUGUGUUCAUUUAAGACAGAGCUGGAAUUUAUCCUUAUCAUUGCAUCUGCUUGACAAAGUAACUAUUCGAUGGUAGUGCUACCUCAAGGUUGCAAAGGGAAAGCAUCUCAUAUCUGGCUCAUGGUCACAACAACUUUACACAAUGAUUAUACUCCACCAUCUUCCAGAGCUUUUGUGUUGUACACUAUUGGAUUGCAUGCUAAUUAAUUCAGUCAGCAAGCAAAAAAUGGGUGUUAUCUUCUCUUUGCAGACUUAUUUUCUGUAUUUUCUCAUUCUGAAUGUAACAUAACACCAAGAAUUCUGAGGGAAAGACUACUCUAGUUAUGACGUGAUAUGGUGUGGUUGGAGGAAACAUAUGGGCCACAUUUAGGCAUCUAAUUUCCAAUUGUCUUAUCCUAUUAUGACCACUAGACAUACAGGAAGGGGAAAAAAAAAUGAAACACUCACUUGAAGUAUUUAACUGUUACAAAUAUAGGAAAAAUCUAAAUAUUUUAUGUUGAUUUUUUAUUACAAAACGUUUUAGAUAUAAAAGAGGUCUGACUGCUAGCAUGGAAGCAACAUGAGGCAACUUCCAGAUUUUCAAUGACAGUGAAAAGUCAACACCUAAAUUGCUCAAGCAUCCAUUUUGUCAGGGGGGACAGGCUCAAAAAUAAUAAUAGCAUUCUAUUUGUCAAAUAUAAAAAAUAUGAAUUGGCAAAGAGGGACAGAGGUUGCAAGUCAAUGCUCUCAGAAAAUUGGAAACUUACAAAGUACAGCUGUAAAAAUUACCAUUUGAAUCAGCAUUUAUCUGAUCAACCAUCAAAAAAACCCAUUUUCCAAGAUCAGAUGGUAAAAUUACUGUAACCCAGCAAUGUUCCAUAUUUCCAAGAGUAUAAUACCUCCAUGCACACUACUAAUCAAAUUCAAGACAGAUUUCAUGACGACCAGGAUAAAGUUGCUGUCCAUGGCCAGUCACCACAUCUGACCAGUCAAACCUUUAUGGAAAGCUCUGGAGUGCAGAGAGUAGAUUCCACCUUCAUUAUUACAGAACUGAUGGCUUUCAACAUUCCAAGAAGACCUGACAUUGUUGUGAAGUUAUUGUCCUUGGUAUUUCUAUAUUGCUUGAUAUCUUGGUUAUUUCAUCCACUCUUUGUAUCUUUGGUUUCUUUUUUUAAGCUUUUAGAUGCUAGCUCAGAGACUGAAAACUGCCCACAGAUACACGGCUCGAAUGCAGUCUUUAUGUUCUGCUUAAAAUUUGAUGAGGAAAAAUGUACAUGGAGAAAGAAAUGGGUAGGGCGGUUACAAUAGAGAAAAAUGCUGACAGAGAAUGUGUUGAAAAGGACAGCACUAGGUUGAUCGAAAGAAAAAAACUUCACAGUUACAAAUGGAGUAUGUGUUUGUGUGUCUGAGAGAGUCAGUCAGA